UUAUGGAUAUUUAUAAACUGGAUUCUAGAAUGUACUUCGUUAUGCAAACCUGAAUAUGGUCCAAAUCCGACUUGCUCGUUCGUUCCAGCACCGCCUGGAAAAACUCCUCCUUGCGCGAGACCAGGAUUAACGUAUUGCGAAUAUCCAGAUCGUUAUCCAAGCGAGCUGAUCUUCCAACUGAUCCAGAAAUGGCAGUUUGACCAUAAAAGCCUCAUUAUCAACGAAGCCAAAGAAGAUUUUAAUUCUGUUUACUUUCCACCACCUAGCACCGUUUAUGGUCCUCCGGCUUUUGUUCCGAAUUUAGUACAAAACAACGAUGGCGGAUAUCACUAUCCAGAACCUAUUUAUAUUCCAAAACCUCCUCAAACAUUUCCAGAACAAGGAGGAUUUUAUAUUCCACCAAAGCCCAUUCAACCUCAUCUGCCCCAACACAACUUUUCCUUAGAUUUCAAUGGAUACCCCGAUUUCAAUAAGGAUGGCACGUUCCUAACUUACAAGUACAGCAGUAAUUUUCCCCAGACCGGAGGAACGCAAUACAAUGCUAAUUCUUAUCAGUCGUCUCCGAUUUUCGCUCCUCCUACAUACACUCAUAUUAACGACAUUUGGAAAAGAAAUGAAAGACUGAAACGAUCUCUACGAAAAAAACGAACUCUAGAUGGAACAUCACAUUAUCUAGACAAUCCGUUGUUAAACGGAACAGCUUUCGCUUCGGUUUUACGCCCUAAAAGGCAGUCUACUGUUACUGGACAGUCUCUCUGCCGAAGCAGAUCUAGCUACAUAAUGCCGAAAGCCGCUCUUAAUAGUAAAGGCAACUGGAUGUACGUUGUGAAUAUGCCAGAAACUAAUCAGCAAUAUACUCAGUUGGUGAAAAGCGAGAUGUGUGCUGACACCAAUUGCAACGGUUUGUGCCAACUACCACAAGGCUAUUCAUCAAAGUGUGAACAAAAAUAUGUUCAAAAACGACUUAUUGCCCUCGAAGGAAAUGGAAGCGACCUGUACAGUGAUACCUUUUGGUUUCCCAGUUGCUGUAUAUGCACCAUUUCGAAUAACUAGGUGUGAGGAAUGAUUUUACAUAAAGCACUACUCCGUUUUACUCUAACUUUGCAUCAAAUGGAAUAUACUUAAUUUAUUAUACACAGAAGUAAUAGCCUGCUUUUUUCGUGUACUUAAGACCAGUUAAACAAACUUUCACCAGAAAUGCAUCGAGCAAAUUGAAGCAAUAAAAACAUAAAAUUGAUACAAUUUAUCAAAUGCUGAUGGAUUGGUUCUUGAUGAAAAAUUACUUUGAAUUUCAACGUUCAUUAUCGUUACAACAUAAUAGAUAUGCCUGAAUGAAGCCGGCCUUGCAUUGUUGCUGUAAUGCGUAUCACUGCCUAAGGUCCUAGUCUCUAGAAAUUAAUCAAUUGUCAUAAAACAAUUAUAGCCUAAUAAAAUAUUGCUAGAUCAUUUCCAAAUAGGCAAAAAUGAUCCAGUGAAAAUGAUAUACCUAGACUUAUUUCAGUAUGUAUUUCAAAGAAAAUAUAAGAAUAUUUAUGUUUGUCACUAUAAUGUUUUAUAUUUUUGUACCUGUAGUUUAUAGGAAAUAAAAAAGACAGCACUGUACAUGUUGCCAUGUAUUUAUAUAAUUGACACAUUUAACUAAAUAUUAGAUUGCUAUGAAAGCUAAGUGCAUAACUUUUUGUACAUUGUUAAAUAUUGAGGUUUACUGAUAAUUAUUGUGAUUGUUACUAAGCAUAGAUAAAAUAAAAUAGCUUUGUAAUGGCUAGGUUAAACAACGAAAUAUAACUUUUAAGUUUUUUUACAGCAACUAGUGGGUUACGAUUGGCGACUAUGAAAUCCAAAAGAAAAUAAUAAAAAUACUCUAAAACAA